GAGCCAACGUGAGGAAAGAAAGACAGUUCUAUAAUGCAAUGCAGCUGGAAACGACGCGCUUCUCCUUUUGCUUGGGAAACUAAAUGCAGUUAGAUGAACCAUUCAAUGUAUGCUCCUGCGGUUUAAUGUUCUGAAGCUACUCGCACUGAAAUCUCCUGCCUGUAGGACUUACCUAUUUGAGGUGAUGGGGUACUGGUGGGUACAAUGUGUGAUAUGGGAAAGAGCUGCAUCUUUUUGUCCGAUUUGAGAAUGUCUGGUGAAUCUCUCUGCUAGGCACUUUUGAUGUAGAUGACGAUUGGAGCUGAAGUUGUUUUAUAGCUCGUACCUUACUUUGUGAAUGUGAUAAAUCUGUACAAAGGUUUGGUUUCAGAGUUUCCCUGAUAGUCUACAAGCGCUAAAAACAGAGAGUACAAGUUCGCUGAAAGCUUUCUGGAGGAACCCUUCUAGUGGAAAAACCUUUGGGCGAUAGUUUACUCUUUCGGAAGAUCCAUUAACAGCAUCUUCUUCUGUUGGAGAAGAAACAUGCAGUGAUUCCCCAGAAGUAGUUCUGGUCAGUUUCUCACUCAGCAUACCCAAACUUGGGAGUCAAUGACAUUGGAAAGACUAGAAACUUCCUUUUGGAAUGCAUUCUUCUUUUCUCAUCCGUAGAGUGUAGCAGCAUUUCUGUAAACUAGAGGUCAAUUGAAGUUGGCCUGGUUGAAGUUUGGCGAGUUAUCAGGGUACUUCACACCUCAAAAUGGCAGAAAAUGUAGAAAUAAGGUCAUUUGCCUUGACUCCAACUUGGUCUGUCGCCACCGUGUUGACAGUCUUUGUUCUUGUUUCUUUCCUUGUGGAGCGCUCCAUUCACCACUUAAGCAAGUGGCUGCAGAAAACUAAUCGAAAACCCUUACUUUCAGCCUUGGAGAAGAUGAAAGAAGAGUUGAUGCUGCUUGGAUUUAUAUCACUCCUAUUAACGGCUACCUCAACAACGAUAGCUAAUAUUUGCAUUCCAUCAAAGUUCUAUAGUAGUACUUUUGCUCCAUGCACUAAAUCUGAAGUUGAUGAAGAAAAGGAAAAGAAUGAACCCCGAGAACGUAUUUUGUUGAUCGCUUCUACUUAUCCACACUUGGUUAGGAGGAUGUUGGAUGGCAUGAGUCAAAACUCCUGCAAAGAGGGUCACGAGCCAUUUGUUUCAUAUGAAGGUCUAGAACAGUUGCAUCGGUUCAUUUUUGUCAUGGCGGUCACACAUAUAUCUUACAGCUGCUUGACAAUGUUAUUGGCAAUUGUAAAGAUUCACAGUUGGAGAAAAUGGGAGGAUAAGGCUUGCAUGGAACGCCAUGAUUCAUUAGCUGAGAUGACAAGAGAGUUGACAUUGCGAAGGCAAUCAACACUUGUCAAAUUUCACACAUCAACUCCGUUGGCCAGAAACAGUUUUCUGGUCUGGGUGACAUGUUUUUUCCGACAAUUUGGACGUUCUGUGGUUUGUGCUGAUUAUCUGACACUCCGCAAAGGCUUCAUUGAGAAUCACAACCUCAUGUUAACAUACGAUUUUCACAGUUACAUGAUUCGAUCUAUGGAAGAAGAAUUCCAAAAGAUAGUUGGUGUGAGUGUUCCACUUUGGGGAUUUGUCAUUGCUUUCAUGCUUUUUGAUGUCAAAGGAUCCAAUCUCUAUUUCUGGAUAGCUAUUAUUCCUAUCUCUCUUGUGCUGUUGGUCGGAGCAAAGCUGCAGCAUGUUAUUGCAACCCUGGCUUUGGAGAAUGAAGGAAUCACUGGUUUCUUUUCAAAGUCAAAGUUGAAGCCCCGCGAUGAACUUUUUUGGUUUAAUAAACCUGAUUUAUUGUUGUCCUUAAUCCAUUUCAUUCUUUUCCAGAAUGCAUUUGAGUUGGCUUCAUUCUUUUGGUUCUGGUGGCAGUUUGGAUAUCAUUCCUGCUUUAUUAGGAAUCAUCUGCUUGUGUAUUUAAGGCUGAUCUUGGGGUUUGCUGGGCAGUUUAUCUGCAGCUAUAGCACCUUGCCUCUCUAUGCACUUGCCACACAGAUGGGAACAAACUAUAAGGCUGCAUUAAUUCCACAUAGAAUAAGGGAAACUAUUCAUGGAUGGGGGAAACAAGCCAGGAGAAAGAGAAGACAUGGUUUCUUGACUGAUGAUUCCACCAUACAUACAGACACAAGUACAGUGUUGUCUAUCGAGGAAGACGACAACCAAUCAGCUGAAGACCUUCCAGCUGCCCCCAAAUCUGCCAUCGCUGGUAACGACUUAGAAUUACUACCGGUAACUAGAGCUACAUCUUCUCCAUCAGCCAUUGCAAAUGAAACUUCAAGCAGGGCAGCUACACCUCUCCUUCGCCCCUCUGCUUCAGUUUCUACAUCAGCAUCAUAUAGUUUUAGAAUAGGAGCAGUUUCAAGGUCCUCUUCUUUGCCCACGGGAAGAAAUAGAAGAUGGAAGCCUGCUUUGUCUAGGUGAAAAAGAAAUUGGAUGUCACAAUGAUGAAGUUGGGUUUUGUAUGAUUUGUUAUAGUGCUGGUGAGGAGGUUAGUAAUCAAGACAUUAACAAAUUGUAUACAACUUACAGGAAACUACAUUAUUCAUUCAGUUACUCUGUCCAUUAGCUAUUGCAAAUGAGGCUACCAGUAGGGCUGCAUGCCACUUCUUCUC